CGCUCACGUCGUUGCAAAUUGUGCCCGUUUCCAUACUUCUCCCACGAUAUUCACAGCAGAAUAACGUCGCAGGGACAGCAUGGCGAGCACCGUGAAGACCGAGCCCAACGCCGCGUCUAUCGACCUGGGCGACUGGAUGAAGGACCGGCCUAAAGUCUUCGAUGCUUCACUGCCGAUGAAUCUAAAGCACAAGGAGAAUAUCGGAAUCGAAUCUGCGAAUACUGCGAGCCGCGAAACGACCUGGCGCUACAAGGCCGACCCCAACCACUACCCGCAUCUCGGCGCUCCCAUCAAGCCUCUUUACGCGUAUACCGACGAGGAGCGCACAAUCCUGCUACACGAUAGAAGCUUGGACUGGAACACUCUCCCCUCCUUCCUCCGCGAAGAGCUGGCACUGCUGCUCGCCGAAGAGAAGGCUUCGCAGGCAGAGCGCGAUACCCUCAUUUGGAGAGCUCAGCCUUUCACCCAGUGCGGCUUGGGCAACUCGUGGCUCCUUCCUGUACCCCCCGUCUACCGUGCCAUGCUUCUUGCUGGAUGCCAUAUACCCUUGACAUGGUUCUUGGACCAUAUCAUGCGUCGCGCUACCGACCUAUCCCGCGUCACGACAAAAGACAUCACGCUCUUGUCGGAGAGCAACAAGCCUGUAACAGUCUCUAUCAUCGACGUGGAACAUAUGGACAAGAAAUUCUGGCCCGACGAUCAAGAGAACGGCCUCAACUUCUACACUUGGGAGCCAGCCUUCAAGAAUCUCCUUCGUGUUUGCCAGACUCUCGCCCCCCUGAGCGACGCGAUCGGCGAGAAAACCAACAUCACCGCUCAGCUCAAACAGCACUUCGACUUCUUCUGUGACAUACCGGAUGUCGAUCGUCGUUUUGCCGAUUGCUAUCCUACGGAGCGCGCGCUACGUGCGACCAUCUUCGAGCAGCGCGCUUUCAAUCGCGUCGUUUGGCAAGACCUGACAGACUCCGCUAUGAGCGCCGCUGCUGCCGCUCGUGCCCCACCACCGCAACAGCACCAUAACAACAAUUCCGGAAUUCCGGAAACUACCAUUCGAGGAAGCGCCGCCGGUAGUCGAACGUACAAGUCGCCCCGUCGCGACUCCAUGUCAACGCAUAAUGCUCACUCUCGGAUCCAAUUUGUCUUCCGGCGACUUCACGUUCUUUGCAGCCUUGUCCUCGCUCUCGAUGUUUUCAGCUUGUCCUGCCAUGCUGUGUCUGAACUUUCUAUGUAACCUGGCUUUCACGUCGUCCGUCUCGUCUUUUCCUGCAACAUAUCUCGCUUGUUCUCGUACUACUUAUACCUCACCGCCGAUAGUGACUUUGAACGCUCUACUUGCUACUACCUCUCGAUGAAGGGUCCUUGGUGCGCGCUCUCAGCUCUCUUAUAGUCUCGGGUACUCAGUACUCAUCUCUCGACCAGUCCAAUCAUAUGUUCGUUGCAUUGGUCCAUCGACCAUUUGAUAUGAACCGCGAAACGUCGACGAAAGACUAUCUUGCGAGCAAUCCCUUCUAUAGUAUAUCGACCCCCUAAGCGCUCAAUCGCUGCAUGAAUGAUCCUCGCCCUUUAGCCACCCGCGCCAACGC